CUGAGUGGAAUCCAGCUCAGAGCAGAGGAAGAUAGUGUUUGUUCAUGGUGAUAAAGAUUAUGAGCAGCUCCAAAAGUGAUCUUAAGAGGGAAGAUACAACAGCUGACGAAGUCAUAAAAAAAUAAGAGGGAGAGGUAGACAUCUCCUGGUUCCAUGUGGCCCACUUUCAAGAACAUGGGAUGGUCCUAGAAACCCCAACCAGGAUAGAACAGCAUUAUGCAGUGCUGGAAAACCCAAACUUCUCCCCAAUGGGAGUUCUAAUGAGAAUGAUUCCUGCUUUUGGACACUUCAUCCCCAUCACUUCCAUCACAUUGAUCUACUAUCACCUCAAUCUCAAGGAUGUGACAUUUCACCUUUACCUGGUCCCUAAUGACUGCACCAUUCGGAAGGCCAUUGAUGAUGAAGAAAUGAAAUUCCAAUAUGUUCGAAUAAACAAGCCACCUCCAGUAGACUCUCUUUAUAUUGGUUCCCGCUACAUUGUGUCUGGUUCUGAGAAGCUGGAAAUCAUCCCAAUGGAACUAGAGCUGUGCUACCGGAGCCCUGGAGAAUCCCAGCUCUUCUCUGAGAUCUAUGCUGGCCACAUGGCUUCAGGGAUUAAGCUGCAAAUCAGAGACAAGAAGCAUAUGAAUCUCAUAUGGGAAGCCUUGUUGAAACCAGGGGACCUCAGACCUGCACCACCCAUGAUCCCUGCAGCCCACAAAGAUGCUGCUGCCUCACUACACUUCCUGGACCAGCAUCGGGAGCAGCUGGUGGCCCGAGUGACAUCGGUGGACCCUCUCUUGGACAAGCUGCAUGGUGCUGUGCUGAGUGAAGAGGAGUAUGAGGCGGUGCGGGCUGAGGCCACCAACCAAGACAAGAUGAGGAAGCUCUUCAGCCUCAGUCGGUCCUGGACCAGGGCCUGCAAAGACCGAGUCUACCGAGCUCUGAAGGAGACCCAUUCUCACCUGAUCAUGGACCUCUAUGAGAAGUCAGGUGGUGUCUCUGAGGAAUCCUGACAUCUUAAUAGCUGAGGAGUGAGCACUCUCACUUGAGUCCUGGGUCUGCCUGACCUUCCUUUGGCACUUGGUUUCCUCAUCUAUAAAGGCCACCAGUGUUGCCUUUCAAAUGGCAAUGUUUCCAGGACACCUCUUAGGGACCCAGAUGUUCCCUCCUGGCCUUUGCCAGCCAGAUGUUUACAUUGGGUGAGCAUCUCAGUAAAUGUCCAGUGGAGCCAGCAAGUCUAUACAGGCCUUGUCCAGCUACUUUAUGGUGUGAGUGGCCAGCCUUGAGCCCAUCUGACCCCCGAUAAUUCAAACUGUCCUGGAGAGCAUGGGAAUGGAGACAAGGAGAUGAUACUUUUCCCUGAAAAGUGAAUGUUAUAAUGGCAUUCCUGCUGAGCUGCACCUGGCCUGGCUCCAGAGAGUAGCACCUAGCCCUAAUCCAUCUUUUGCUUAGCAGACACCUUUGGUUUCCCUUGUUGCCCUCCAUGUGAAUCCUGUUUCCCAAGGAUAAAAAGGCCUGUGCAAAACAUGGUUCAGGAAAACCAGAAAACCAUGGUACCCAGAAAUCGAGGAAUUUGCCCUUGACACUGUAUUGUUGGGAGCCCCUUUCAGGUUGUUUUGAGCAUAUGGAAAUUAACUGGCUAAACUGUUUUGGAGAGAAAUAAAACUGCCCUAGGCAAAGGGAUAGUGCUUUAGUCCUUUGAGGCUGAACCCCCCUGCAGCCAUGAAAGGCUAGAUUCAUUCUUAAGAUGCCUCUCAGUCUUCAUUUCACAGACCCUCGUAAACCCGCACACCCAUGUCAUGACCACACAGUUACAGAAUAUCAUAUUGAAAGACCCUAACCCUUCAGGCUUACACCCCUCAAGCCCCAGGAGAAUGAGGAACUAAAAAGCUAGUUCCAAGGGCAAACUGACUCAGCCAUUAUUCAACCACCCUUACCACAAUGUAUGGAGAUUUCUGUUAAGAUAUGUUGCUCAACUGUGAUUGGGAUAAUUGCAAGUGUUCCAGGAAAGACCACUGUAACCUUUGUGUAACCUUCACUCCCACCCUGAUACCCCCCAGAGGUUCCGGGGAAAAUUGUGCAUGUGGACAUGAUUGUACCUACCCUGUGAUUAGGCCAUAAUCUUGUGAAAGUAGCCCCUAGACAUGAACCAAUAGGAACAAAAUUGCAUGGGAAUUGCAAUCGUAUGACUUUUGUGGGUUUUCCUUUUCCUUUAAAAGUACCUAUGUGGCUGCAGUACGGUGGGACUCUUGCUCUUGGGAGGAGAGUAGCCGGACUGUACAGCCACAUUAAUAAACCUCUUGCUGUUUGCAUCAA